AAUCAUUUAAGAUGCACAUCAAACCGUUGAUAGCGAUCCCUGUUUGCCUAGUUGCUGUCUUCGUGUUUUGGAUAACUGGAUCCAGUGGUCUCUUCAUCCCCAAUCUAACAGAAAGGUGCUACAGAUGUCUUUGCCACGUGUCCACAACUUGUGACAUGGCACAUGAAUGUACAGGAGGGUACUGUGGACCGUUCAAUAUAUCAAGGGUGUACUGGGUCGAUGCUGGCAUGGUUACGCUGCCUGAAGAUGACCCACAGAGGAAUCAUGCUUGGUCAGACUGUGCAAGAAGUUAUCACUGCGCUAAAAGAAUAAUAGAAGGCUAUUUGGAAAAGUUCGGAAAGGACUGUAAUGGAGAUGGUGUCACGAACUGCUUUGACUACAUGAUGGUAAAUGGCAAUGGUGGCUAUGGAUGCACGGCUCCGUUGAACCGGUCCGAAAACGGCAGAAAAUGGCUCCGAAGAUUUGAAGAAUGCCGGCUAUAA